UGAUGCUGUCUACCAAUUGAAAAAGAGCUACCAAAACAACUAGCAAUUUUCUUUAUUUUGCCAGUUCUCUGUCAGUUUAACAGUGAGGAAGGUGAGGGGAGGUUGUGUUAGUGUUCUGUGAAGCUUUUGGUAGUGAAUAACCGAUUUUAAUCACAGACCUCUGGAUUUGUACAGCAAAUAACUAAUACAAGGUCCUGAUGAAAAUGGGAACUCUUGCCACCUGUUAUGAUUGUGAUAAGUGUAUCAGGAAUGCUAUCAGUCAUGUAUGAAGUUUAAUUCAACAUAUCAAGGGUAUAAGAGAGCUUUAAAAGAUAGUCUAUAUCUUUAAAUCCUCUAUAAAAUGGCAGCAAUAAACUUAUUGUACAGCUGGUAAUUACUCUGCUGUGGUAAUUCGUGUACCAGCUGUGCUACACUCUCACCUUGGAGUGAGAGCACAGAGACUAUUAUUGCCACCUGAUUAGUUACAGUAAAGAAAGUGUUAGUGUCACAAGUUAGCAUUAUAUAGUGUUGUCGAGUACAUUAACAUAGCCAUUCAAGAUGAAUGGGCUUAUGGUACGCAAGAAGAAGUACCGCUUCCAGGUGGAUGUGCGGGUUGAGGAGCUGCAGCAUGUACCCUUCGUUAACCAGGUGCUUUUUGCAAAAGUGCGACUUCUAGAUGGAGGCUUCACAGAUCACUCCCCAAGAUUAAUGGUGGCGGAGCACGCGGUGAGGUGGGACAGUCGCUUCACCUUCACCUGCAAGAUGACCGCCAACGCCUCCACGGGGGAACUAGACUCGUGCAUGUGUCGGGUCUCCGUCAGACAGGAGGUGCGUGGAGGCAAGUCAUUCCAGAAGCUUGGUUAUGCAGAUGUUAACCUGGCAGAGUUUGCUGGAUCAGGAGGGUCCCAGAGAUACCUGUUGGAGGCUUAUGAUUCAAAACAUCGCCUUCACAACUCUAUGUUGAAAGUCACUGUAGAUAUGACGCUGUUAUCUGGUGACCCUUGCUUUAAAGCCCAGCCAUCGCGAGGCACCCGGUACCAGCCACCUUCAGAGGCUGGGGCAGAAGAAGUUCCACCGAGCAGACCCACAUCAGGUUCUCUAGCAUCAUUAACUUCCUCAGGUUAUGAUUCUCUCAAGAAGAAAGUCAAUGAUACUCCUGCACCCAGUCAAGUACCCUCCAGGUUAUUCCAGCCUACUUCUCCAUCUUGUAUAGUACUCUUCUGUGGGGGACGGUAUCAAAGGCUUUCUGAGACUCUAGGAAGAUGCAGUCUACCCAUCCUUCUUUCUCCUGUUUUACCUUGGUCACCCUGUCGUAGAAGUCUAUCAGAGGUGUUUGGAGAUGGCGAGGAAGGUGAAGGUUGGGCAGGUGAGGCACCGGGGCAUUCCAGAAACUCUUCCAACACCAGCCAUGGCUCGCAUGCCUCUGGCUAUGCAUCGAUUAACUCGCAAUCGGAAAAAUCGGGUCAUAUUAGCCGUUGCCCAACGUUCACCGUCUGGUCGCCUGACAGCAUCUAUCCUUCCUCCAAGCCAAGUAGCUUCCGUUUGUAUACUACUAACACGAGUCUCUCAGAUCAGUUUUACGCCCACUCUCUUCAGUAUGCACAUCUUAAGGGUUUACCUCCCUCUAAACCAACUGCUUGCUUCCAUCUCCAUCCUGCUUCACCAAAUGAAAUAUCUUCCCGCGGUAAUACCCCACCUUCUGACUCUAGAAGGCGCAGUCUGCUUUUAUUUUCGGAGUUAUCCAAUCUCCUUGGGGGUUCAACUCCAUCACUCGUGUCCCAGUCUUCAUCUGGAACUCGGGGAGGAUCAGUGUCCAGUGGUGCGAGUCCUGAAGAUGGUAUUCACACACUGGUAGCUUCUCCUCAACAAACUCAGUGGGCAGUUGGAGCCCUGCACACUGGACUAUCUGCUAUUGCAUUACACAACCACUCCUCUAGUUUGCAUGUUACUACAGACUCGAGUAAGGAAAUCAGGAGUAGUAGUGCUGGCUCUGGUGGCAUAAGUGAUGGGGGUUCUUUGGAGCGAACGGCAGCAAACCGAGCCAAAAAUGCUUCAACAGAAGCCAACAAAGAGUCAAGAGUAGAUGCUACACGGAUCGAUGCUAAUGAUAUCAUUGAUAAGCUGUUUGAAGAUACAAAAAUUGAGUCAUUAAAAUCAGACGAUUCUGCAGAAACUUCUGGUUUGCAGUUAUAUAUUGGUCGUGAUGGUACAGCAGCUCUAGGUGGAAGAAAUCUUAAUUCAGGUGGAGACUUCAAAGCAGUUGUGUUUGAUAAGAGAUAGCAGCAGCCAUAAUGUGAGGGAUAAAUCCCUCCAUAAAUCAGAUUUGGGCAUCAAUUCUGAAACCACACAUUAAUGUAAACUAAUAUUGUAACUAGUCUGACAAUAAAUUCCAAUAAAUAAAUGUAUGUAUUAUGGUGCUGAAUUACAGUACUAAUACAACAUGUGCUGAUACAAGUGGUUUCAAACUUCUACAGCAGUGGUUUCAGAAUUGGCUCCAUUUAAGGCUGCCAAUAAAACAGGUGUAGCUAGUAUGCUUCCAGGCAAAAAUGCUGUCAUUAUGUGACUGUAAAACCUGUUUUGGAAACAACGAUGUGCAUGAUGUUGUGAAGUAAUGUGUGCGCGCAUAGAAUAAUUACUUGGAAAUUUUUGUAUUUAAAUGAGCAACUAUAGUAUUUUGUUAAAAUAUUUAUGUAAUAUUUAUUAGAGAAGUUUAAAGAUCAUGCUUACCAGCUAAUUUAUCUUUUAUGAUUAAAUUAACUGAAUUUCUUUACAGUAGGUAAUUUUGUUUCAUAUUUAAUUCUCCAAUUCAUUUUUAAUUUAAAUUCUGUUCAAAAUUACUUUAAAUGUACACUAUUGGAUAUUGGAGUGCCUUAUUGUUUCAGUGUUUUUGGUGAACAAUUUUGGCCUACAACAUUAUUAAGAACUCAUGACUUGAAUGAUAGUUGUCUCAGGAGUGCAUGUGUCGACAAAGUGUGGGAUUUUAAAGGAAUUUUAUUUUCAAAUGAAUAAUUAAUACAUGCGGUGAAUAUUAUUGAAAAAAAAACACAUAAAUAAGGAGAAAUCUUCAAAUACCAGCUGAUUUUAAAGGUGAUAAAUCUAAUUCUUGGAAAUAUUUCCUGUAGCUUUCAAAUUAUUUCAUUUGUACAGUAGUGUAGUUAUGAAUAUCACAAACCUUGUUUAAAAGCUAAUAUUGUCAUACUGUAUUUGAAUACCUGUCAUACAGACAAAAACAAAAGGAAAGUAUAAUGCAUUGUUUAUGAUGCAUUUGCCAAGAUCACUCAACUUCAAGAUUAAUUUUUUUUUUCAUUAUUAUCAAGGGAUUUAGCUCAUAUGUGGUUUCUGCAUAUCAGUGUUUGCCUCGAGUAGCAUUUUGUGAACAUUCCUUGACACUAAGAAUCACAAGUGGCCAGUCAUGUACAGUAUUUUAUUUCCUUGGUGGUAUACAUUUAUGUUGAGAAUUUCCAAAUAAACUAAUAAUUAUCAAAA